GUGCUGGGCUGAACGGUGCUUUCUCCUUGCCAGGAGGCCUGCAGUGGUGGGAGCGGAGGAUUCUUAGGACCCAGGGGGAGUGUUGGAAGAGGCUUCUCCUGCAUUCAUUUCAAGGAGUUCCUCCCUUCACUGCUCAGGACUUCUCAGGUGUCCUGGUAACCACUGCUGUCAGCUCCCUCCGCUCUCAGGAAGCUGCUGGUGUGGAGCUGCUCCCCGAGCCAAUGCCCAUCCUUUAAGAUACCCCUGCCUGCCUCCCUCCCCGAUGAACUGGCCAGGGGACUGCUUAGCAUCAUGAACGACCAGUACCACCGAGCAGCCCGGGAUGGCUACCUGGACCUGCUAAAGGAAGCCACCAAGAAGGACCUAAACUCACCCGACGAGGAUGGCAUGACCCCGACCCUCUGGGCCGCUUACCAUGGCAACUUGGAAGCGCUGAGGCUGAUCGUUAGCAGAGGGGGGAUGGAGUCAUGGCAGGAGAUGCGGAUGGAGAAUCAGGACCUGUACCAAGAGAGACAGAAGGGGAAGCAGCCAAGUGAGGCAGGCACAGACAGGACAGAUCCUCUGCAAAAAGAUUCUCCCCUAAACCACAGAGUGGAACAGCCAGCUGCCCCAGGAGAAGGGAGAAAUGGCCCGGAGAAAGGUGAGAAACUGGGGCAAGGGGACACACCAAGUCAAGACACUGCAGCUCCAACACCACAGCUUCAGACUGGCCUCAGCAGAGCAGGCCCCCCAGUGCAGGAGGUGACUCCAAAAGGACAGGAUCCAGGGUGCUCUUUAAAUCAUCCAGUCCUGGAAGGAGAUGGAAACACAUCCAGAGGAGAAGAAAUGCCGAGGGUCAUCCAGAGAGGUGCCAAAGAAGAAAGGGAGCCUCCCGAGGAGGGAAGAAGUGAGGAAUCUCUGAUGGGGGAGCUCUCUGAGCUGGUGCAGCAGGUGGUGAAGAGAAGCAGCUGGUGGGAGAGACAUGGCAUAGACGACUGUAUCAUUGCCCUGCACUUCUUCGUCCUUCCUGCAGGGUUCCUGUGUCUGCGUUCAGACAAUGUCCUUCCCUUCCUUCUGGGCAUCUUCCUCUUGGGCAUGGUACACCACACAGCAACAGUGAAAGGAAGCCACUUGGCCAGCCACAAUGCUUUGACAGAGUCCAAGACUUGGGGGAAAGUUUGGGCUAUAUUCUUCAUUGAGAUUUGCUCAGCUUUCACAGCAGAGCAGGCAUACUACAACCAUGUGAAAAUGCACCACGGUUACACUAACGUUAUCAGCCUAGGCGAUUCCAGUACUUGGAAGAUUCCUUUCUUGAACCGAUACAUCUACAUGUUCAUUGCACCCAUAGCUGUACCUAUUUUAACUCCUCUAGUGGCCCUUGGUUUGCUGAAGGAUGUCGAGUUGAAAACAGCUCUCCGGACCCUCUGCUGCAUGUGUCUUGGUCUCUACUCCCAUUACUGGCUCUUGGUCAAUGUCUCAGGGUUCCAAUCGGUGUGGUCUGCCCUCAUCUGCAUGUUGAUCACACGAUCGUUCCUUGCUCACCCCUACAUCCAUGUUAACAUCUUCCAGCACAUUGGCCUCCCGAUGUUCUCUGUUGAUAAGAAGCCCAAGCGGAUUCACCUGAUGAGUCUUGCAGUUCUGAAUCUGCCCCGCAAUGCCCUACUGGAUUGGUCCUUUGGGCACUCAAUCAUCAGCUGCCAUGUAGAACAUCAUCUCUUCCCAAACCUCUCUGACAACAUGUGCCUGAAGAUCAAACCCAUAGUCUCCCAGUAUCUGAAAAAGAAGAAGUUGCCAUACAAUGAGGACUCCUAUAUGUCCCGACUACGGCUGUUCUUACAAAAUUACGAGGAACUGAUGGUCAAUGCACCCCCAAUAACUGAACUUGUGGGGAUUCAAUGAUGACUGUCCCUGGAGCACUAUAGCAAGAUAUGGGGCCAUUUCCUGUGGGUCAUUAUAACAUCUGACAAGAUUGGGAAGGUUAGAACCAAAGACAUUGCUCUUAUAAAGCAAUCAAAGGGGAAACGUGUUUGCCUCAAGUGUCUUGCUUCUGGGCAAAAAGAAAUACACAUAGAGGCUUAGAAACAACACUGGAAUGAUAAAUUGUGACUGAAUGGUGAUGGGACAAAAGGGAAUUCUGUAGCUCCAGUACAGUAGGGUCAAAUGGAAUUUACUUGAGAUAUUAGUAACUGGUAUUUAUUUUUCUUCCAUUUUCUUUUAACUCUUGGUUAGAGAUUGCUAUUAAUUCCUGUUUUCUGUACUGUUAUGUCUCUGGGAGAGGAUUGGGAGCACAACAAGGAAGGGGCUUAAUAUUCUAUCCAACUCCAGGGUCCCACACACACAGGAUGACUCGGGGAACUGGCCUUUAACUCUAGGUCAGAGGUUCAAAUCCAGGCAAAGUUUGUAUUUUUGAAAACAACUGAAAACUGGCUCCCAUCUGAGGGCUCUUUGGUGUCCCAAGUCACAUGGAGUUUAUGACUGGUUUCUCAGAGAAAGAAGCCUGUAUUACCAAUCCUUAGUCAGCUUGAGAGGCUGAGGCUGGAAUGGGCCAUAAAGAAUGUAGUGCUUUAAAGGUGGUCUCUCCAGAUUAAUGGAGGCACACUGGAGGUGUGGUGUAAAGGAAACUACACUACCACCAGCUGUCCUCUACCUGCUUUGUGGCAGAAUAAUUCCUUCUAGGAGUGUAGAUUUGACAAAAUUAGCCAGAGCGUUUUGGGACUAAGUUGGUGAAAAUUUUUAGUGCCUCCCCUUCCCAGUGCAAUCAUGGUUUCACCAGAGUGCACAAUGCAGGAUGGAGGGUUUGCAGAAGAGGUAGAGAGAGGUUUCUUUGGGGUGCACUCCAACUCAUCUGACUUCUGACAUAUGGAGAAUUUGUCUUGUGGGUGUUGAAGGUGGAAAUCAUAAGGUUACCCCAGCCUCCUGCUGCAGACAUGGAACCCAGCUGUUUGUCCUGGCCAAUUACCUAGUAGCCAACAGGGCAGAAAGUUUUCGAGAGACAAUUAUCCAAAGAAGGCAGGACUCUGGGAGCCUCUUCGUUUCCAGCUACUGGAGGGCUCAGUGCUCAUUCAGGAAUGUUGCUAUGUCCCUCAGGUGAAAUCCUGGCUUGUUGAAUUCAAUGGCAAAACAGGCAGCGCUGGUCUACACUAGGGCUUUAUUUCGAAAUAACCUCCCUUUGGUUGAAUUUA